AUGCCCUUCGCCGUCCACCGCCGCCCGGAGCGCUGCCUCGACCACGCCGCCCCGCCUCUGACGCCGCUGGACCACAUCGCCGACGCCGGAGCGCCACCCCCACCCGGACCUCGCCGUCAUCCUCCCCUGCGUCACUACGUCCCCGGCUUCCUCCCCGCGCUCCAUUGCCCUUUCCCUACGGCCCCUGUGAGCCUCAGCCUCCUCCUCUCCUCCUUCUGUCUCGCGCACGCGCUCACGGCCACGGCAUCGUCCCGCGCGCGCACACGCCGUUCCACACGUGCACGCCGCCCGCGCACCACGUCCCCUCCCCGCGCCCGCUCGCGCUCCGCCGCGACGUCCACGACCUCCGCCCGCACCUCGCGCCUUGACCGCGCCCCGCCACGCCUACCACGCCCGCCUCCGCGUGCCUUUGCAUCCAGCCACGCCCGCGCCUCGCCACUGCUUGCCGUGGCUCGCCCACCGUCGCCCGCCUCUGCCACUAGCUCAGGCACCGCCGCCCCGUCGCCGUCCCUGGCCUCGCCCCGUCCACCGCGGCUCGGCCCCCCACUGGCCGGCGUUUUGGCUGCCGGUGCCCACGCCGCGGGCUGCGUCCGGGGCCAGCCCCGUUGGGCCUCGGGCACGGGCACCACGCCCGCACCCAGCGCCCGCACACGCUAUGGCCCCUGUGCCAAUGACAUGGGGGCCCACGCCCCAGAACAUUUAAUCCUUUCAAUUAAUGAGUGCAAGGGCCUUGACAACUCUCUUACUCGCAUCGGGUGCAAGUAUUUGCUUUGUGUGUGCAGUUACUGCUACGAGAAGUUUGUGUGA